AUGGGCGCAAAAUCAGGCACUGCCCUCAAGUUCCUUCAGUGGUUCAUUCGCGGCAUUCAAUUCGGCUGCGCAGCUCUCAUCCUCGGCAUAUACUCAUACUUCCUGGCCACUCUCCACAACCAUGACCUGCCCAUCAGCAACACCAUCCGCGCUGUAGAGGGCAUCUCUGGCAUCGCUGUUCUCUACACCGCCGCCGCUUUAGUUCUCGUGUGCUGUCUCGCAGGCCGCACUUUCUCCUCUCUCCUCGCCAUUAUCCUCGAUGUCGCCUUUAUCGGAGCUUUUAUCUAUGUCGCCGUUGCCAACAAAGGCGGUGCCAGCAGCUGCACCGGAUAUCUCGAUACUCCCUUUGGUCGAGGAAAGGCUGGCAACCAGGCAGACGGAUCAGAUGGCUUCACUGCUCUUCCCAGCUACCGCACUGCUUGCAAGCUUCAGUCUGCCUGCUUAGCCGUCGCCAUCAUCGCAAUUAUCUUCUUCAUCCUCUCCAUCCUCGUGGAAGUCGCCCUUGUCCGCCACCACCGCAAGGAGAAGCGUUUCGGCCCCGGUCCCGCCAACGGUUACACUGGUGGCUAUGCUGCCAAGGGCGGUUUCUUCAGCCGUAUCUUCCGCCGCCGCAAGACUGCCACCACUGAUGAUGCUCAUGUCUUGCCUGAGCACACCCACCCUGACCAGCUCGACCCCUACCGUCAGAGCCACGCCACAGACCGUACUGCUGUCAACAACUACCCCGACAACACUGAUAACACCUACAACAAGUACGAAAACACUGCCUUCAACCAGCAGCAGCAUGACCCCAAGUUCGCUCGUCAGGACCAAGUCCAUUACCCCGAGGCUGAGCACGGCGUUACACACCCUACUGCUCGCCAAGCCGAGAAUCCCAACUACAGAUAUGAGGAUGGUGUCUAUGACCGUGUCUAA